GCUUCGAGUUCCGAUCGAGUCUGAAGAACCUGUGGGACAGCGCUCAGCGAUUCUGGUGAGAUAUCUCUGGCGGGUGUGCGGCAUAACAUGCAUACGCGGCAGGCAAGAUCGAGGGUCUAACGUCGCGAAGCGGUCCCCAUCAGCAGAUGAAAGCAGCGAGAAGAUCGAGAGGCGACAGCGAGACGAGCGCGCUCAUCCACACCGACGUAACGAAGCUCCAGACAUCGAAGUCUUUAGUGCGAACUCCAGAAGGUUCUCAUCGUUCACUCUCGAAGCUGAACAACGCCUGCCUAUAUUGAUCCCGAAACUUUGUUUGGGGACACGCAAAGUCCACCCCCCGAGCUCAAAUUCGAACGCUGCAAGCGACGCUACGACACGCUGUCCUAUUUUCGCGUGACUAACACGAUCGCGAACCUCCACCUGCGUUUUCAUUUCGGGAGAUGUGAAUCCUCGAGGAGGUAGACACUACCCCUCCUCCCCCCCUGAAUCAUCGCCUCCGUUACGAAAUCGCCGCAGUGGACAUCCGCGAACAUAUUCCGGUGAACCUACUACCACCGCGACGCACUAAGACGAGUCAUACGAGAGGAGGGAGAGACGAGGGAGACGAAGAAAACGAAGAAGAGGAGGAACAGGAAGAAGACUCGCGAUUAUCCGGCAAGUGAAACGUGUGAAAGAACGUUCGGGAGAGAUGCGUCUCGCGGGAGGAUCAAGUGCAAUGACGUGACGUUAUAUUGUUUGUCGUCACGUGUGUACGGUGUUGUCGCUAGGUUGCAACGCCUGGUACGUAUGCCGCUAAUAAUAGUAAAAGAGGAAGGAAGAAAAAGGCGAAAAGAGCUGUGCAAUAAUAAGAGGUUGUCGCCGGUUCUCGCGUGUUAAGUUUAUAUACGAAACGUGGCGCUCCUUUGCGUUUAAGCAUGAAUUCUAUUCGUUAGUUAGAGAAGAUGACGAAUCGCCGUUGUCCGAAGCACCGACUAACCUUCGUUAUACGCCCCUCCCUCUACUUAGGGUCCUGUAUUAUUAUUAUUAUUAUUAUUAUGAUUUCCUUUUCCCUCGCGUAUAUCCUUCACGUUCACGUGUAACUUGUUGUCGCGCGCGAUUCGCUUUCGAUCGAUCCCGCGACAUCGUUAUAAGUAAGCUCCUCGAAAAACAAAUAGUCUAAAUAAAAGAAAAAAAAUAAAUAUGCGUACCAAGUACACACAUACACACCAUUCAGCUAUUCUGAGCUAAUCGAGCGCGUAAGAUAACGCGCAAGCGGAUGGAACGUUCCGCGACACGAAGAAAAUGCGCUGAGAGAUUUAUUUUUUUCACGCACGACGAGAAAGAGAGAAAGAACGUAUGUUUGUUUGUUUGUGUGUGUGUGUGUGUGUGUGUGAGAGAGAGAGGGAGAGAGAGAGAAAGAAGUCUCUGCAGAUACAGGAUAUUAAUAUAAUUACAUUAUACAUAUUAAAUAUUAUAGAAAGAAUAUACAUGCACGCAGAAAGAGAAAGAGAUCCCACUAUAAAUCACAUAUGACAUGAGCGUCGUAUAUGGCUUUUCGUCCGCUUCUUGUGAGAAGAAGCGAGGGAAACGUAUGGAUAUAUUAAAUAAACAAAAGCUUGCGAAAGCCACCGCAAUGCAAUUAAGUGCUAACGUUGCCGAGCGCGACCGCUAAUCAAGAGACACAGGUGGGGAAGCGCCUCGCUGUGAGAGAUCACCGUGACUUCUUCCUCUCCGUGUGUAAGCGCAGUACACGGCGAGAAAAAGGGAGAGAGAGAGAGAGAAAAAAAGAGAGAGAGAGAGAGAGAGAGAGAGAGAGAGAGAAAGAGAGGACAUAGUUAUCAUAAAAGAUUAUUCUCUCAACACAGACAUAUCUCGAGGAUUGCCCCCGGCUUCUUAGUAAAAACGAUAUAAAGGCGUCGUGUAAGUGCAUUUUAGGCAACCGUUUUUAAUCGGCAGCUCGUCGCGCGCGCUCGCGUGUAGAUACGUGGUUUUACGCAUUUACGGGGACGGGGGAGGGGGCGGCACGGAGAGGCUUUUUAGAUGAAUAAAUAAGCGGAGGGACAGAAACCCGCGCCGCGCGUGGCUCGACGAAAUGAAAUUCGCACGAGGUAUCAUUGAUAUCUCGCAGCUCGGUACGUAAGUCGUGACGAUGCCCAAGAGGAAGGAUCUCGUCUUCGACAACGGCGUGUACGUGUGUUCCUCGAGACGCUCGCUCGAUUAUUAGGAUUUUAGUAGGCGUUUUAAAAGCGAGAGAAGCGCGUGUAUCACGAACUCGCACGAAUCAAAAUUGCGAUUUUUUAGCGCGGCCGAUCCCAGAUCUCAGCUCUCGCUUUAGGUAUUAACUGCGUACUGUAUCGCUCAUGGCGACUCGUUCCUAUAUAUAAAUGUCCGAGAGAGCUAUAUCCUGCAAACAAUCUGAUGCGACGGGUGAAAAUUAACGACCCUUCCUCGCUUCCCCGCGCCGUUACAUUUCGGGAUUAGUGAAAUUUCGUGCGCGCGCGAGAGAGAGAGAAAGAGAGACGGCGAAACGCGACAGUGUUGGUUCUGUCGAACGAGUGGGAGGGGGCUGAAAGGAGAGGAAUUUAGUACGUAUCGAGGAGACCUGAGUCGAAAUGUUGACUCUACACUGAUCACGCAAAUUCCGUCAAGCUGAAAGGACUAAUGGGGAUGCUCGAAGUACACCACUGUGUAACUACUGUUUUUUGAUCCUACAGAUGCUUAUUGAUCACUAUUUUGUCCUGAGCAUAAAAAGAAAUAUUCAUUUGAAAGUCAUUUAAUUUUCUGAACUUUUAAUUUUAACUUAUCAGACUGCAAACAGAAACUGCAACAAGCAAACGUUAAAUGAUCUAAUAAAGAUUAACAGGCAAAUUGGAAUAUGACCCAAUAAACCCUCUUCUUUCAUAAUCUUCUCUUCUUGCUAUGUCUUGUUAAAAACUUCAUUAAAAUUUGAAGAUUCAAAUGAAGUGAAAGUGAAGAAGCUGUGAGUCUCGUCACCGAUGUAUCCUGCAUCCUGGAGUCAGCUCUUGGCCAUCAUCGUGGUCAGAUGCUCAAUGAUACCGCACGAAAAUAAAAGUCGAUAAAAAGCGCGGUUUUAAUCAAAGCUCGCAUACUAACCGGCAGUGACCGUCAGAUAUUAAGAGUGACACACUGUCGAUAUGUAUUACGGGUGUUGACAUGCAAUGUCCUAUAAAAUUAAAAUCUCGAAAAUUUAAACAUGAAGUAAUACCCUGAAAAGUCAUAAUCCCGAAAUUCGAAAUUAAUUUCCUGAGAACAAUUUUCCUGAAAUAUUGUGAAAGUAUGCAAUAUCUCCGAAAAUCUACAUAUAAUUCCGAAAUUUAUAUCAAGAUAAUUAUUAUAUAUCAAGAUUAUAUAGAGAUAUAAAGAAUUUUUCGAAAACAAACAUAUAUAACAAACUUAUGUUUAUUGUAUGUAAACUCUAUAGAUUAAGUUCGUUAAGUAUCGAUUUCUGGUACGCUGCGAUAUUUAGAAAGAAUUAUUUUUCAGGCAAUUAUAUCUCUGUUUUCGAGCCUCGGCUUUAUAGCUUUUCGGCACCUCGUUCAUUUACAAUAUUUCGGAAAAUUUGUUGUUCGAAAAAUUAUCUAGGUAAAUUCGAACUUCGAGUUUACAGUUUCUAAGGAUAUCACUCAGUCCCAAUAUUUCGGGAAAUUGCCUCAGUAUUCUGAUUUCGAGAUUUAUGACUUUUCGGGGCAUUCCUCUAUGUUUCGAAUUUUGGCGUAAAAUUUUUAGGGAAUAACAUUAUGGAUGUCCACACCGUUGCGACUGUUACGCGCGCAAACGUCUUGACAGUUGAUAAUUUGACCAUCGAAAGUUCCGAAUGUUUGUGUUGUCAUCUCUCGGCUGUACAGUGAUGGGUGACGACGGUUGUCGAUCAAUGACGUAGUCCUUUGUGUCCAUUGUUUUGGCAAUCCCGCGCGUCGCGCACCGUAACCGGGACUUACUCGUGACCGAGUCGUUACGUCUCGAGCCGACGAGCACGACGCGCGGAUCACAAAAGUAGUUCACAAUUCUCGUCGGCUAAUUGAAAUAUCACGGCGAUUUUUGAGGUGUUUCGUCGGGAGGCUCUCGUCGCCGCGUUUGUUAACACGUGCUUCCCACACGAUCGAAUCGCAUCUACACGAGUGUCAGUGUCAGUGAGUAUCCGAAACCACGGAGCAGCCGGGAGCCAGGAUGCUAGAUCGGAAAGCUAGAACGGAGGACGCAGAACACAAGCAGCGAUAUAUAUUUCCAGUAGCUACAAGAUGCUGAAACUCCAUGUAAUUUCCGAUAGAGACGAUUGAGUGAAGUGGAUAUCAAACGGAGGGUAACGAAAUGCGAGCGCGCAAAUUCGUUGGAUUCAUACGUGCUAGAUUGUGCGUCACCCCAAAAAGGAGAAACAAAGAGGCUGCAGCACAAUCGGGCGGCGAGCGGCCUGCAAAUCACUCCGAGGAUUUGGUGUUGAGGAAUGUAGGCGACGAAAGUACGGAUCAAAAUAAUAACAUAACUAUGACGAGCGAGGAUCUAUUACAGCCCGGCCAUGUGGUCAAGGAACGUUGGAAAGUUGUGAGGAAAAUAGGCGGCGGUGGAUUUGGUGAAAUCUACGAAGGUCUCGAUCUAAUGACGAAGGAGCAGGUUGCGCUAAAAGUGGAAUCUGCACGACAGCCCAAGCAGGUCCUAAAAAUGGAAGUAGCUGUAUUAAAAAAAUUACAGGGUAAAGACCAUGUUUGCCGCUUUAUUGGCUGUGGGCGUAAUGAUCGAUUUAACUAUGUUGUAAUGCAAUUACAAGGAAAGAAUCUAGCUGAAUUGCGUAGAGCGCAACCAAGGGGUGCUUUCUCACUCUCCACUACGCUGCGCCUUGGUCUUCAAAUAUUAAAAGCUAUAGAAAGUAUUCAUCAAGUGGGCUUUCUGCAUAGGGACAUUAAACCUUCAAAUUUUUCGAUCGGUCGACACCCGUACAACGCCAGAUUAGUAUACAUGUUAGAUUUCGGUCUAGCACGACAAUUCACAACUGGUACGGGAGAAGUUCGACCGCCUCGUGCUGCCGCAGGAUUUAGAGGAACCGUCCGAUAUGCAUCAGUGAAUGCACACAAAAAUAAAGAGAUGGGCCGACACGAUGACUUGUGGUCGUUAUUUUAUAUGCUAGUAGAGUUCGUUAAUGGACAACUGCCAUGGCGAAAAAUAAAAGAUAAGGAACAAGUGGGUCUCAUGAAGGAGAAAUACGAUCAUCGAUUACUUCUAAAGCACCUCCCAUCUGAUCUACGUGUCUUUUUAGAGCAUAUCCAGAGUUUGGAGUAUGCAGAUAAGCCAGAUUACGGUAUGUUAGCUGGUCUGUUUGAACGAUGUAUGAAACGUAGAGGUGUAAAGGCAAACGAUCCCUACGAUUGGGAGAGGCCAUUAAUAGCUAAUGAAGGUUUAUCAACUACUAGAUCAUUACCUACUGUAACUGUACCACCGGCCCUUACCACAGCUACUACUAUCAAUCAGCCUUCAGCAACUAUGCCAAAUGUGGAUACCAACAAUCAAGAGAAUGUAGAACCAGAUAACAGAAAGGAAUUAGAUGCGCAGCUGGAUUAUGAAAGUAUAUAUAGAAGAAAUAGACAACGUCCAAUAGAAGGGUCUCCAGUGCCAUUCACAGCAGCUAUUAGCAAUCAUGGUAGGGAUAAAAAUUGUAACGCUACGAUACCAACAACCGAUAACACGCAUCAGCAGGUUGCACAGCAGACUGUACCACCUCCGCCGACCCAAGCAUCUCCCAAAAAACGACGCGCCGUGUCAAUGGCGGUAGAAUCUCAGGCUCCUGCGCCAGUAGAAAAGCAGGUAGAUAACGAAGGGGACGCGUUGAUGGCUUCCGCCCGUUCGGCAUCCGAAGUUCCUCGCCUUAAAAUGGUGGCAAAUGCAGCGGCACCACUUAGGAAAUCAGCAAGUGGGGCUACAUUUGCUCGUUUGCGUGUUGCAGCUACGCCCGAGGGAACGUCUGGUGAAUUGCCAAGCCCUCGCAUACAGACGGAAGUCGACGCUUCUUAUUGCUCUUACGACGUAACUAAUACCAAAUUUGGCAAUCAGAGUCCAGUAACUGAGCAAAGGGAACCUCUCAGGAGAGAGCCGAGAAGGAGAGCGGACAGCCGGCAACAAGUAAGAGGCGGACGUUCAGCGGUACGCGACUGUUCGAUUACGCAAUUUGCGCAAAUAGACGAUGACAACGUAUCCGCACUGCAGCAAGUGACGAAAGGCGGCGGUGGAUUGACCCUGGCCUCGCAAUGGAAGUCGCAGUUUGACGAUUCCGAAGAGACUGACAAUGAGUGGAAGGGCGAGAAUCUGCAGAGCCCCGAGCACAAAGGGGUCAACGUCCCGUCCAUACUGCCGCAGCCCCCAGCCACCAACGAGGGUACGACUCAGGUGGCUACGAACGCGGAUACAAAACCCACUGCGACUCAGCCGAGUUCUUCGAAUACGUGUCAACAGCAGCCUGCAGUUACCACCGCACUGUCCCGAAUAAGCGAGGAUUCUCCGAAGCCAGCGGUGCCGCAUAGAUGUUUGAACAUCGCGGGUAUUGAAAAGUACCCGGAGUUACAAGGAGCACUUCCACGCGCUUGGAGUGUUCCAGCUCUGGCGCCGCAUGUGCGAGCUUAUCUGGAAGCUCCGUUGGUUCAACAAGCGGCAUUUGACGAUUUACUGUACGAAAUUGACGUAAUGAGAAAUGUUGCGACCCGCUACGAUGAGCCGAGGCAAACUCCGCCGGUGAGAAGAUCCAGCUUACCAGCGGUGGCUUUCUUCUUUCCUGACGCGAUGUUUAACAUACCUAGAGGUGAGGAGGAGGAAGAGGCAGUAGCAGGAAGACUAGAGAUCAGAGUGGUAGAUGCGACUGGUGGUGCUACGAUUGUACAAACCAGUGCCGAUAGGGAGCCAUUACAAAAGAAAUUAGCGAACGGUACGGCAGGUAGUCCAGCUAGUCCCAAUCCGGGACCGGAAGAGCCAUCGAUAUAUUACGACGCUACCGAGAAUCGACCAACUGCGAACGUUGGUUUGCAAAAGGAGACUAGUAUUACUACUGCCUCGACCACUGUACAAAACGUAGUACCACACCGUGAUAAUAAGGACAAUAAGGAGAAGGAAACAUCUUGUAGGACAUACAUCGCUCAUAGUAAAAUACCGAUUCCCGUGAAAAGUCCAAGAUGCUCGUUAUCCGAGUCGACGCCCGAAACUAACACUCCGAAUACCAAGGCGGGAAUUGGGAGUGAAGUAGAAAAAUUGCCAGUGCCCGCGGCUGCAACUAAGGAAAAAGAUAAUACUGUCAGAGGUAAACCAUUGACAGUACAUGUGGAAGCACCAGCACAUUACCGUCGCAUGCCAUUAUCUGACGCUAGACCAAUCAUGUCACCUUUAACUUCAGCCAGCUCAGCAGAAGAUGAAAAUUUAACCGGAUGUACGCCCGCUUUACGCCGCCGAAGACAAAGUGAAAAGUAUGUGACAGACGCUAGUCAACUCAAUCUGCAAUUCCAAAGACCGCAACACAGAACGAGACCGCAAUCCGAGGUAUUGCCGAGACUUUCUCCCCGAGGGGUACCCUCGCAUCUUCUACGGGAGCCAGGUAAAAAGUCUGAGGAAAGCAGUGAGAGUGAUUCUAACAGUAGUGGACCACCAAGAUCCGCUCGUCAACCGCCACCGCCGCCUACAUCAUUGCCACCACACAUAGCAGAGAAUAACGCUAGGUACGACCAUGUAGCAAUGCCGCCGUUACUGGCCCAUACCGGAUGCGACGGUCGUUAGCAGAGAAUCGUGAGAUUUGGUGUUCAAAAUGACAAAUAGUCUCAGUUUGUGUUAAAAAACGGGAGACGGCUUUACUGCUCAACCAACUGAGAAUGUGAUAUCAUUUGGGGCAGCGAAAACACGCAAUCUUUCUAAUCAAUAUGUCAUUGGGAUACGCGGAAAUUUCAGCGAGAGUGCAUAUCUGUGUAUCUACGUGGGCGGAGUGUAGCUGUACGUUUGACGUGCGAGGAUGUAGCUGUCUGUGAGUGCGUAUUCAAGUAAUGCCGCUUUAAUUAACUACUGAAAUUCUUUUGAGUGAAUUCUUCGGGGAAGAAUACCUUUCAUGUCCGGGACAUGAACCGCUCAACAAAUUUCAGUAAAUUAAGCGAGAGUACGCGUAUGUACGAGUUACUUUCAGUGUACGAACAGUACAACAAUUCGGUCGUCCUAUCUCAUUUAAAAUAAUCGAUUGUGAAGUCUUGUGAUUAUGCCCCCUUUACUCUAAUUCAUUGUUUUCCUAUUUACCAGGCUCCUGUUGCAGUAUGAACAUGUCCACGCAUCCAGUAUAGAUUUCUAUGUAUAAUAUAUUUGAUUAUUUGUAUAUCUCGAUAUUAUGAUUUUUUACAUUUGUUGAGUUUGUAUAAUUUGAAUAUAUUAUUAUGUAUAUGUUAUCAGAAGUCGAUACGUUUUUUUUACAUGAUAAAAUUUCUUUAGUGUCAAUGCACGUACAAUACUUUAUUUAUGUCACAUUUGCUAAACAAAUUUUUUAAGAGUUACAAUUUCGUUUAGUGAGCAGCAAUACUGUUAUUAAAUGCAAUUGUUGUAGCAAUAACUACUGUUGUACACUGAAACGUAUUUUAUUUAUUAAAAUAAUAUGGAUAUUUUAUAUCUCCAGAGAAUGAGAGUGCUUAGCAGAUAUGAUUUCAUUAAAAUCGUACUCACCCGAUUUAUAAGCGUGCUUUAAAUUAUUAGUAAUUCAGAAUUGUUAUCUUGGUGACGAGCAUAAAUCACGUAAAAGUAAUUUAACGAGUUUUGUGGAUAACAUAAAGAGGCAUAUGGACAAUAGAUAUUAUUUAGCGUCGCAGGAGAAAUAUGACAGCUCUAGUAUAAUUAUCAAAUUCGGGCCAAAUGUACUAGUCCUCUUAAUAGCCCGUUAACAAAAUUCAAUUUUGUUCGCAUAUAUAACAUAUAUGCAUGUAUGUAUGUAUGUAUACAUAUAGGAUUUCAGGUUCCACGUGCGAUCUUUCAUCUAUAGAUCCUUGAAGUAAUUUAAAUAGAAAGUGUUGAGUAGUUUUUUAGUUGUAAGUAAACAGAGAAAUCUAAGGAUCAAUGUCAAGCAUCAGUUUGAGUAGUUAAAGUAUAAAAUGACAGAACUUUAUUUCUCAAGUGGAAAAAAUUGUUUUUUUUUUAUUCAUAUAAUUUAUUUCUAAUUUAUUUCAAUAUACUGUUUAAUUUGAGCAUUAGAUGUACUUAUAAAAUAGGAUAUUGAGAAGCUGUAAUAUUUUUCCCUAGAAAGAAUUUGCAUCUCAAAUUUGCCAGAGGAAUCUGUAGAUAAAAGAAAGUACGAAAACGAUCUGAGGAACCCUGUAUAUGAGCGUAUGUGCAUAUGUGUGGGCGAAUAUCGAAAGAAUGUAUGUAUGUGAAAAAGAGAAAAUCGUUUUAAAUAGGAACUCUUUCAAGUAAUGUUUGUACCAAACGAUAUACCAAACACAGGUUCCUUUAUUCAAUUAUGCAGCAUAAAUAUAGUAUAUGCAUAUGUGCGUGUAUGUGUGUGUGUGCGUGUGUGUUUAUUAUGUACAAACACACAUACACACAUUUCAAGAUAAUAUAGAAUACUAUAGUGAUGUAUGGACAGAAAAACAGAUGUCAGAUGAAACAUAAUCGUGACAGACAUUUAAACAUUUCUUAUGCACAUAAUACGAAAAAGAUCGAUCGCACGGAUGCUUUGCGAGUUUUCUUAUAUAACGAAUCUUGAGUGAAGUCUAGUGAUGCAUAAAACUAGUCAAGUAGAAUAUCUAUAAUGUGCUAUUAUUAAAUCCAAUUUUAAAUAUAAAAUCAUGUCACACCUUGUAUAAAAUAGGAAGAUUAUUCUGUGCAAUGAUUAAAUAUAAGAUCAAGUAUAGAGGAUGUCCCGGGAUUGACGAAAAGCGAACACAUAAAAUUUCUUAUGACGUUUGUUGACGAUUCUUUUUUUUUUUUUUAGUAUUUUUUUAAUAACAACACAUGAAUCUUCCUUGUGAUCUUCGUUAAGGAAUUAGGAUGCUAGAGUUCGAUAGAGGAAGAAAUGACACCGCGUGAUCGCUUCUUGCCAAUUCUGAGAAAUCUUAAAUAAUAAUUUAUAAAUUAACAUUAUUUCUCUCUCGACCGUUUUGUUCAGAGGAACAUAACGCGCAAUAAAAGAGAUAUUGUAUUAAUAGGAAAUUUAUCAUCGACUUAUUAUCGCUUAUGUGGCAAUGUCUUCGUGUAAAUGUAUACGAAGUGCGGAUACACGACGCGUAGGACGAAUAGAAAUUAAGAAAGAAAAAAGGAUCAAAAUUGGUAAAUUUUGCGACAUUGUUAAAACGAUGUGUUAGCGUUGUAACGUACGAGGUCGAGUAAGAAAAAAGAAAAGAGAAUUGUAUCUUUUCAUGCAAGUAUGACAUAUGUAAUUGUAAAGUAUUACUCGAUACAUGUAUAAUUAAAUUGAAAAAGUUCCACCGUCUUUUUUCAGAAGGAAAAGGAAGGGAGAAAAAGCGUAUAGUAUCUUCUUUCCGAAUUUAUGUAAAUAAAUGGCAUGUAUGCAUAUAUAUGUAGAUAUAGCUUAUGAAAAGUGCGUAUAUACAUAUAUGCAUAUAGAUGCGUAUGUCGUAUUGUAUGGACAUUAAAAUGUAACAUACAGUAAUUAAGCAGAAAGCUAUGAUAAAUGUUCAAAAAAUUUCGCAGAUUAACUCAUCAAAGCCCAUAAUUGCCUCUCAUUAAUUUGAGCAACGUCGGAUCUUGAUCGAUAGAACAAUAAGUCUGAGCAUAGAGCUCCGAGUCGAGGAUAUUUUCGAUGAUUUUACUCGGAAGUUUUUGAAUUUAGCCCGCACGCGACGAGCGAACAAAAGUCGCAGUAACUAAGGUUAUCUCGCUGGGCUUUAAUGGGUUAAUUUGAAACCGUUGUAAUCGAUACGAGAAGGCAGGGUGUAUUGAAUACAGAAUGUGCCAUCGCCACUGGAAGGUAUUUGAAAGAUAGAGAAGCUCUAUAACAAUUGGCUUUUCCUUAGCAAAAAUUACACGAGCGGCUAUCAUUUAACGCAAUGUCUCGCAUUUCUCAACGUUAAAAUAUCGUAAUAAUUAAACAGCAAAUUAAAGUUCUGCCGCAGCAAAAUCUACUAGUGGGAGAUUAACUGAGUAAUAGAAUUACGUAUCGUUUAGUUGCGUUCACGAAUCUUAACGGGACUCCUCCGAUCGCUUGUAACUUAAAGACUACUAACUAAUCUCCAACAUGUAGCGCAGAAAGAUCGAAUGCAGACCGGUGAAAGGAAAUCUGUCAUUAAAAUAUUUUCCGGCCGUGGUAUUCUGUAUGUAUUCGGGGACUCCGAGAAAAAUUAUAAUAGAACGAUCUUCUUCACUGAAUUUGACGGACGAGAAGUUUUUGUGUCCUUAAAUUCCGUAAAGAAUAUCGCUCUACUAUAUUUUUACACCUUUUUUGUAUUUCUCUUUCUUUUUUUUAUAUAUUAUCUAUAUUCCCCGCAAUGUCUCGUAUAUGAAAUUAUCCAAUACGUGUACUCUACCACGAUACUUGAUCUUUGAACCUUGAUUGCGCGUACGUAUCGCAAUAUGUAGCGCAUAUACAUAUUUUCUGUCCCUGAAAGGUGGAAAGGAAUCAUUCCAUCCAUGACUCUGUAUUAUAACGUAUGCAUUAUAAAAUGGGAAACAAGAUAACAUUGUUUCUACCUUUACAAUGUACAUGUAUCCGCAAAUCGUUGUGACGAGCUCUCGGGAAACAUGAUCUUUUCUGCUGUAAUAUGUAACUGAUUUUUUGCAGAAGAUUUAAUAUAUUAUUGUGGCCACUUUAAGAGUGAGUCAUGAGUGUAGUUAAUAAAUAUAGCAAAAGUUGGCUGUAACGAACACCGCUAGAAAGAAAUAUUGUACUUCAAAUGAGCAAAGUUCGACGUAACGAAAUUUCAGUUUAGCAAUCUGAAGUCCCCUCCUCUCCCAGAAGCCCCCUACAAUUUAUUAUAUUGAAAGAGGAGAAGCGUUUCGACCACACACUAUAGUAUGUAAUUUUAUAGAAAAAAAAACGAAACACAACUAGUCGAUUCCGUUUGUUCAAGAAAACAACGAUCCGAACCGUUUCAGUUCGGAUCGUUGUAAACAGUUUAAGCCGCAAACCGUAA